CAGCCAGCGCCCCUUCCACGCGCGAAUCCGACAGGCGUAAAUAUGGCGUAGCUGUCAGACGCGCUAGAAAGACAAAUAUUUACUGAUAUAAAGAUGUUUUCGUCGUAGUAAAUACGGGAUUUUAUUGCAUUUACCAAGUCAGAUAUUCUUUAUUUCAACUAGCUGCUAGUGUUUUGAGUAUUUCAAGCUGGAUGGAAGGUUUGCGGCUAGAAGAAAACAUAAAGGGGCGGGUGCGAGUCAUUCCUGGCUAGUUCCUACCUGACUAGCCACUCCGCUAUCGUUAUAGCUUAUCUAACGUCACAGGCUAGUGACACAAACAGCCCUCCAGCUCGACUGUCAGCCAACGUUCGCUUCCUAGCUAGCUAGCUAGCUAGUUAGCUAGACAACACUAACAAUGUCGGAUAACCAGAGCUGGAAUUCUUCGGGUUCCGAUGAAGAUUUGGAGACCGCGGAAUCGGGAGUCGGACAGCCUGUUGUUGGAAUCGCCGAGUACAGUGGAAUCCUCAGCAAGUGGACCAACUACAUCCACGGCUGGCAGGAUCGCUGGGUGGUUCUGAAGAACAACACUCUGAGCUACUAUAAGUCUCAGGACGAGAGAGAGUUUGGCUGCAGAGGGUCCCUGUGUCUCAGCAAGGCUGUCAUCACUCCCCUUGAGUUUGAUGAGUGCAGGCUUGACAUCAGUGUUAAUGACAGUGUAUGGUACCUGAGAGCCAUAGACUCAGAACACAGACACCAGUGGAUCAACUCCAUCGAACUACACAGGAGCCUUAGAGACGGGAGGAUAGACAGUGGAGUCAUCCAGAGGACCUCACUAGUCCCUCCAUCAGCAGUGUGUUUAAUGGCUGAGUCUGGGUAUGGUUCAGAGUCCAGUCUGAGAAGACAUGGCUCUAUGGUGUCUCUCACGUCUGCUACCAGCGGCUACUCCACCACAUCCACCUCCUCCUUCAAGGGCCACAGCCUGAGGGAGAAGCUGGCAGAGAUGGAGACGUUCCGAGACAUCCUGUGCAGACAGGUGGACACGCUGCAGAAAUACUUUGACGGCUGCGCCGAUGCCGUCUCCAAGGACGAGUUGCAGAGAGACACAAUUGUGGAUGAUGAUGAGGAUGAUUUCCCCAACACUCGCUCAGAUGGAGAGUUCAUCCACAACAACAACGGCAGCAAGGAGAAGCUAUUCCAGUCUCUGAGCCCUAAGGACAUCAAUGGGAUAGAUUUUAAAGGCGAAGCCAUCACGUUCAAGGCCACCACAGCUGGGAUCCUGGCCACCCUGUCCCACUGCAUCCACCUGAUGGUGAAGAGAGAGGACAGCUGGCAGAAGAGACUGGACAAGGAGCUGGAGAAGAGGAGGAGGACAGAGGAGGGCUACAAGUCUGCUCUCUCUGAGCUCAAGAAGAAGUCUCACUUCAGAGGCCCUGAUUACGAGGAGGGGCCUAACAGCCUGAUCAAUGAGGACGAGUUUUUUGAUGCAGUUGAAGCAGCUCUGGACAGACAAGACAAGAUAGAGGAACAGUCUCACACUGAGAAGUUGAGGAUACAGAGGUCCAGUCCAGUUCCUCCAGGAGAUGUCUACUCCAUCAUGGGAUCACACAGAUUUGCCGACAAGGUGGAGGAGAUGGUGCAGAAUCACAUGACCUACUCGCUGCAGGAUAUGGGCGGAGACGCCAACUGGCAGCUGGUGGUGGAGGAAGGAGAGAUGAAGGUGUACAGGAGAGAGGUAGAGGAGAACGGUAUCGUCCUGGACCCCCUGAAGGCCACUCACUCUGUAAAGGGAGUGACAGGACACGAGGUGUGCCACUAUUUCUGGGACACAGAUGUACGCAACGACUGGGAAACUACAAUUGAGAACUUCAAUGUUGUGGAGACGUUAUCGGAAAAUGCUGUUAUCGUCUAUCAGACACACAAGAGGGUGUGGCCUGCUUCUCAGAGAGAUGUGCUCUACUUGUCUGCCAUGAGGAAGAUCCUGGCUAACAACGAGAACGACCCUGACACCUGGCUGGUCUGCAACUUCUCUGUGGACCACGACAACGCCAUGCCCACCAACAGGUGUGUCCGUGCCAAAAUCAACAUCGCCAUGAUCUGCCAGACCCUGGUAAGCCCACCAGAGGGCGACAGAGAGAUCAGCAGAGACAACAUCACCUGUAAAAUCACCUACGUCGCCAACGUGAACCCGGGAGGCUGGGCUCCUGCCUCAGUCCUGAGGGCCGUGGCCAAGAGGGAGUACCCCAAGUUCCUCAAACGUUUCACUGGCUACGUCCAGGAGAAAACAUCAGUGAAACCUAUUCUCUUCUGAGGUUCACAGGACUCACUACACCACUGUCCACACAAGACUGUUCCGAACAUAGCAUACCAUGACAACCCGAACAUAGCUAGCCCUCAUGCUUGGUCUCUAACUUGGUCUCCAGCUAGCUUCAAUGUAAGCCCUCAUGCUAGCUUCAAUGCUAGGUUCCCAUUCUACACCUCAUGCUAGUUCUUUAUACUAGCUCGCUCCUCAUGUUAGUUUCCUAUGCUAGCUCGCAUGCUAGUUUCCUAUGCUAGCUCUCAAGCUAGUUCUUAUGCUAGCUUCCACAUUAGCUCGCAUGCUAAUGCAGAAAGACCUAUGAGAAUAGCCUAAAUGUAAAAAAAAUGAUCCCUUUUCUGGCAGAGAUAUAUUGAUAUAAUAUAUAAAUGUAUGUGUUAAGAAAUUUAUAAGAAAGCAAUUUAAGACAUAAAGAAAGAACAUGGCUCUAUUUUAGUCCUGCUUUUUGUAGUUGUCCUUUUUUAAGAAAUGGAGUGUUAAUAUUUUGUGUUGAUUUUGCUUUUUAUAAUAAUCAGUGGUGUCACAGCUUACUCUCAUGCUGCUAAUUUUUCGAGUACGACAAAACAAUUUGGCCUCCUUUUUUUUCCCCCCAGAAUGAAUGUUGUGUUUGUAAAAAAAACAGUGUAGAGGGGUGUCAUUGAACUAUGACCCCUAUGAUAUAAGACUUGACCUUUUGGUCUUUGUCUCCCUGGUGAAAACACCACUUUGCUGGUGCUGAUGGAGGGACGAGACUAAAAGUUUAUUUUGUUUUCAAAUGUUGAAAAUGUUUGUUUCUUUAUUUUGGUGGUUGUACUUGAGUCAAUAGCUAGGUUUCCAUCCAAUUGGUGAUAAAGAAUGAGAAUUUUCCCACCAAACUGACUUGUUGAUAAAAAUCAGUGCGUGAUGACGUAGUGCACACUAUGUACUUUUUUCAUGUACUGAAUAAAAAUCUAAAAUUCCAUGUCCUUCCAUCGCGUUUUGACACAGCUGUUGCCAUAAAUAGCAAAUGUGCCUACUCUUGUCUUGGCACGUGCGCUCUAGCAAACAACUCGCAGAUACAGUGCUGGUAGGCUAGUCUACAUGAGAUUAUUAUGGAUUAGAGCGAGAAUAUUUAUAUUUGUCAAGUUGAUCAUCAUGUCACCGGAAUAAGACCCUCUAUUUAUUGGAAAGGAACAUCAAGCUCAUCACCGUGUACUUUCAUUACCCUGUAAAAUUCAUAAUUUAGCCUAUUUCAUCUGUAGUCUAAUAAACGGCAUGGUUUCCCGAGUCGUAGUGGGAGGUCCACACACCAUAUCAUUGUGACUCACAAUAUUAUGGUUAUAUCAAUAUUUGUGCAUAAAAGCAUUUCCACCAUUUCACUCAUGAUUAAUUUUAGACACAAAGAUCAACAUGUUGAACGAACAAAUUCUGUUGGCAUUUAAAACAAUUUACCGAAACUUAGUUUCUAGCACAGCUGUCGCGAUUUCUUUUUUCAAAUAAAAACUGGUUGGAAACGUGGUUAGUGAUGACAUGCUGUAGCAGCACAAGUUAGAGUUGGGGUUUUAGAUAUCUUCAUUAUAACUGUAUAUCAUGUCAGCAACCAUCUCUGCUUCAGAACUGUCUUUUUUUUAUGCCUGCAGAUGCUUUUUGUGACUGAAUCGACUCCAUAUGCCUUAGACUGGGGGAGAUAACCCAGUACGUUUUGGGAUGGGGUAGGUGAGAGGGUGCUGAUAGACAGUACACCCAUAUGAAAUCACUAGAGAAGUGCCUAGGCCUGAGUUCCAAUACCAGAUUAUCCUCCUCUCUUCGUUGAAAUAAUCAACCCUGAUAUGACUGAAUGGAAACCUGAAACUUGACUUUCACUUCUCCAAUUGGCCUGAUGUUCAGUCAGUCAUUACUUCUAGAAAGGGAGGAAGGAAGCAGGCCCUUUCAAGGUAUUUAGACAGCUCCUAUGUUUUACAGAGGACAGAAGCUUUGUCUCCUGCUGGGCACUUCAGUGAAACAAUGACUGUCUCCACAGAGUGAAAACCCAAGUCUUUCAUUUCAGAUACCUAUUUAUAUGAAACUAAAGGGUUUGGGGGUUAAUGUCAAAUUCAUGUCAUACCUCUUAAUUGUGAUAUUGCAAUCAGCAGAAAUUGAUUUUCACAUAAAAUAUCCUUGGAGGAUGUGAACUGUAUGCUGGCUUUCAUUCCCCAACUGAUCAAGUGAUUUUAACUUUGAACAUUCACCAGUGUGCAAAGUCAUCCAAUAAUUGAUAGCACAAUUUAUGUAUAAAGCCAAGUGAAGAAAAACCUGGUGGGAAAGACAAUUCAAAGUCUGGUUUCCCAGACUCUGAUUGAGCCCACUUCUGGACUAAAAAUGCAUGUUCUACAUUCAUUUGUCCUGGAAUAGGCACAAUGUGGGUCUGAGAAACUGCCCCAAUAUCUCUCCUAUGAAUUAAGUUGCACUGAAUGUAAAUACAAGUGGUCAUGCAAAAUCUUUUGGGAUUGACUUAAAACCAUACUGUGAAAAUGUGGCACUUCUUUAGCUCUGUUUGGAAAGAAAAAUUAAAUUCACAUUUUUCUCCA